AGGGGAGGGGAGGAGAGGGGGAGAUAACUCAGUAUGACAUACAUAUGCACAAGCAGCAGAAGUUCCGCAGCGCACACGCACGUUUUCACCAUGUAGAAGCAGACACACGGACUCCUCUUCCUCUUCAGACUUGGAACCAGCAUGUACCCUGCGCUGCUCUGACUGGAAACAUUUUCUCUGCACAGAUCAAAACGAAAACGCAGGAGCAGAAAAUGGCAGUCGCAGACAUCCUCUUCUUCACUUUGUGGAUCGCCACAGUCUUCACCGCCGGACUCGGAUGCCCUGAGCUCUGUACCUGCUCAGAUAAAUACGGCCGCCAUUUUGCUGAAUGCUCCUACAAAGACUUAACUGAAAUCCCAGACGGUUUGCCUCCUAAUGUGACAACUGUGAGUCUUUCUGCCAACAAGAUCAGUUGGAUACCACUGGGCAGCUUCGACAAUGUCACCCGGGUGACGUCGCUUUGGAUGGCCCACAAUGAGAUUGUCUCUAUCGAACAAGGGUCCCUCACGCCUUUGGUUCAUCUGCGUAACUUUGACAUCAGCCACAAUAGAAUUGUAAACUUUCCUUGGGAGGAUCUGCAGAACCUCACAGGGUUGCAUAUGUUGAAGAUGAACCACAACGAGAUGGUCCACCUGCCAAGGGACGCCUUCUCCAACCUCAAAGACCUGAGGUCCCUCCGACUCAACAACAACAAAUUCAUAACCAUAACUGAAGGGACGUUUGACGGUUUGGUGUCUUUGUCCUACUUGCAGGUUUAUAAAAAUCCUUUUGCAUGCACCUGCUCCCUCAACUGGCUCAGAGACUGGAUUACAACAGCCACCAUCUCAGUCCCGGACCAGCAUUUGAUCAUUUGUGCAACUCCACAGAAACUUAGAGGCGAAGUGAUCGUAAAAAUGCCCGAGUCAAAGUGCACAGGCACAAAUGUGACAAUACGAACCGAGCCAAAUAUCCACAACACGACUUUCUACGAGGGCAGCACGUUGGUGUUGACUUGUGAAUUCACAGGAAACCCAAAGCCUCUGGUCAUGUGGAAUAUUCACAGCAAAAGCCAGAAGCUAGAACUGGCUUUGUCCUUCACUGAGGAUGACUCGGCAGAAUCAGAUGAGGACUCCUUACUGUCCUAUAAUCCGGUCAAAGUCUUUAAUAAUGGGACUCUUAUCAUUUCACACCUCAGGAAGGAAGACGGCGGCAAUUACAGCUGCUCGGCCACGAAUGAGUAUGGAAGAGACGAAGAUUCAGUGUCAGUGGAGGUGGUGCCUCCACCUAAACCAACAUCCGUAAAACAAAUGACCACAACACCUGCUUACGCUAAAACCCACCCAUCUACACAUCAAACAGACAAAACGUCUGUUUUUGAUUUUGUGCGUAUCCCUGAUUUAAAGAGAAAAGACAUCAUGAACAUCACACCCACUUUCCCGCCCAUAGAAGAGAUCCAGUCUUCCGAGGAGGCAACAACGUAUCCAUCGCAUGUUAGUAAAUGUGGAGUUACGGCUAACACAAGAUACAUUUCGAGCUAUGUCUUUAACGGGAGCCUGGAUGAUAUCAAGCAGUACACAUUUGACUUUGGCGUCAUUGCAUUGGGGGUGUCAGAAACAGAGGCAACAGCGCGACUCAAUCCCCUUCUCAUACCCAGAGACAAGAACGCCAAUCGGGCCGCCAACGCCGCCACCACAUCUGAUGAGAACGUCAACGCUGACAGUGAAGAGCGUCACGGCCUUUCAGAUGUUGCCGAAAAAGUCAAUUCAAAUGGCUUGUAUCUGUGCGUCACUGCCGACCACAAACACUCAGCUGUGCAGUGGUCGAGGAUCAAAGAGGGCGUCAACACGUAUCUGUUCAGCGGUUUGCACCCCGGCACAAAUUACUCCCUCUGUCUGACCUACAGAGGGGAGGACUGUGAGGUCCAGGUGCUGUUCACCACCAGGAGGAGGGUACCGAACCUGCUCAUCAUCAUCUCCGUCAGCAUCUGCCUCCUGACCGUGUCCACUGUACCUCUCCUCGGAGCGACGUGCUUCCACCUGGUGUACAAAUACCGCAGCAAGACCUACAAGCUGAUCCUGAAGGCCAAAGACCAGUACCACAUGGAGAGGAACCUCGCCGCCAACUUUAACAUCCGUGCACCUCACACCGAGUCUCAGAGGAAGAUUAACGGCAGCCAGCUGGACAUUGAGGAGGGGGAGACGGAGAGCAGAGAUGGAGAGAAAGAGGCGGAUACAGAAGAAAGUAUCAUGACUGAGUCCUUCUCUUUGUCUCAGUGCAGGGGGAAUUUAGACAACUGUGAGGUCGGAUCUGAGUAUAGUGAUAGGUUACCUUUGGGAGCUGAAGCAGUGAAUAUUACAAGCAACUACAUAUAUCCAAAUCAGUAACUAUUGACAUUGUUUGCAGUUUACUUUUGCAUGUGGUUAAAGGGUAGAACAGGAUCAUUUUUCAGUUUGCGCCGAUGGUUUAGGUUCCCUGUAGCAGUGCAAAGGCAGCCCAGACAUAUUGCUUUGCUCCACAGUGAUCUGACAAGACUCAAAAUACAUUUGCUUUACUUGCACAGCUGCAUCAUUCAGUCACUAGACAGGCUACCAGCUGCAAGGCUCUAUCAAUUGUCAGUGGAUGUUUUCCAGACAUUUUGUUUUUUCCAGAGAUUCUAGUGAAAGCUGAACUAGGCUGUGUUCACCUUGUUGCCCAUAUUUUGUUUUGUUGCUGGAUAUAUCCUUUCAAAAUAGGCAAUUUGUGAUGCAUUUAUGUACAGUUCUGAAAAACAACUUUCAUAAACAACGCUAGAGAGCUGGUUAUCUUAGCUUAGCACAGAGACUGGAAACGGGGGUAAACAACAGCUUUAGUUGGCUUACUAAAAAGCACACAGAAAGUAUGCACCUUAAACACAGCUGUACAAUUCUGGAUCCAGAUCUGUACCAAAAUACACAUAGUGAUAGACAAUCAUGGGAUGCAUGAACCAGAUAUUUUUCCAAUAUAUUUAAGGAAGUACAGUAGUUCAUAAGUAACAAAAACGUUCAAAAAUACCCCUGUAAAAUAUUUCUGUAUCUGCCCAUGUUCUUCGGUCCAACUAUCGACCAAAUUUCUGUAAAAUCUGUUUUAAAUUAUACUUGAAUGAUAGAAAUGCAGAAGAAAGGAAUUUUUAGAAAAGAAUAUAACGUCCUAAUCAGGGUUAUAAUGAAACAGUAAACAGGCUGUUCAUUUGUGCUUUUUGUGUGUAAUUUGUCACAGUGAGAGACCAUCGAUCAUACAGCUGCAAAAUUGUGUAGCAGCGUUCAGUUUGAUUAGCUGGCAAAAUGUUCCUGGAGACGAUAAAGUCAACCCUGAAAUAAACAAUAAAGGGGUCCUAAAUUCUUUCAAACAUUCGUUUUUUAUCAACAAAGCAAACUCCUCGAGGAAGAAAUGGAAGUUUCUGCCAGAAAACAAUGUUGCAAAAUGUUUCAGUUAUAAUUUGUAUUAGUCAUAUGUAGGUUAACACAGGGUCGGUAUAAUGAAAUGUAUUGGAGGAGAGAACAGGUCAUUAUAAACAUAAUUAUUGCUUCUGUCUAUUUAUUAAGAGCAUCUUUGUUAAAACCUGUUCCUAAUAAAUUGCUAAUGAGUAAAAAGUUGAUGGACGCAAAAGAAAUGCCCUGAUUUCUGCCAACUGGCGUCAGGAUGAGGACUAACGAGGUUGGACAGCAAAAAAAGAUGCGUUGAAUUAAAUGUAACAAAGCUUGCAUAGCUAACUUAUUAGGAAAUACUGUAUGUCAACUACAUGUAGGAAGUAGUAAAUGGGUUAACUGUAACUAAAAUGUACCUAUAUUCUGCUUUAAACUACUUGCAGUAAAUCUGUGCUGUCUUAGUAGGAGUGCAAUCUAAAAUACAGAAACGUAAUCCUGUCAUACGGGAAUUUAAAUGUAAAAUGUAAAACUGUGUUGUUUCAAAGAGAACAGUUGUGUCCUGCAGCUAUGAGCUUGUUGUCCAGUUAUACUGUGAACAUUCCUAUGAAGAUAACUGUUUUCAUGUUGCCGGUCAAAAUGUGGACAAUACUAUCCCCCGAGUCUAAUGCAGUGUGUAACAGUACAAGCACUUCUGAGUGCUGAAGUUAUUGCCUUGUUGUAUCUGGGUCACCCUGGUGUAUGUACAGUAUUAGACCUGCAUGCUGCCUGUCGUUGUGAGUCGCAGUAUGCCGUCUCUUGUGAAAAUACUCUUGACUUGAAGAGUAACUUUGGGUCUUUGUUUGUCUUUCUUUUCUGUUUUAUACCCCUGUAAUAAAGGAAGUAGUAGGAUUUACCAAAGUGUUUAAAUAUCCUCUCUAACUCUCCUCAUCCUAUGUGCCUCAAUAAAGUUUUAGGAAUA